UUCUGCAUUAUUGUCCCUCCCCACAGACAACGAGACAGCGGUGUACACACUCAUGCCGAUGGUCAUGGCGGACCAGCACAGAUCAGUGUCAGAGUUGCUGCUCAACUCCAAGUUUGAUGUGAAUUAUGCUUUUGGACGAGUGAAGAGGAGUCUGCUACACAUCGCAGCCAACUGUGGCUCAUUGGAGUGUCUGGUCCUGCUGCUAAAGAGAGGAGCCAAUCCAAACUAUCAGGACAUCUCAGGCUGCACCCCUCUGCAUCUCGCUGCCAGGAAUGGACAGAAGAAGUGUAUGGGGAAACUGUUGGAAUAUAAUGCCGACGUCAAUAUCUGUAACAAUGAAGGCCUGACUGCUAUCCACUGGUUAGCAGUAAAUGGGCGAACAGAGCUCCUGCACGAUCUGGUCCAGCAUGUGUCCAAUGUGGAUGUUGAAGACGCCAUGGGCCAGACAGCCCUACAUGUAGCCUGUCAAAACGGACACAAAACAACAGUGCUUUGUCUUCUGGAAAGUGGAGCUGACAUUAACCGACCAAACGUCUCUGGAGCAACGCCUCUUUACUUUGCUUGCAGCCAUGGCCAGAGAGACACAGCCCAGAUCCUUCUCUCGCGAGGUGCCAAGUACAUCGCUGACAACAAUGGAAUCACUCCACUGGAUGUCUGUGUGCAGGGAGGAUAUGGAGAAACCUGUGAGAUUCUCAUCCAGCACCAUAGCAGGCUGUUCUUGACCCUCAUCCAGAUGACGCAGAAUAAUGACAUUAAGGAGAACAUGCUCAGGCAGGUUCUGGAACAUGUCUCUCAGCAGAGUGAUAGUCAUUACCACAGGAUCUUGACCAGUCUUGCAGAAGUGGCUACCACCAAUGGACACAAGCUUCUCAGCCUGUCUAGCAGUUAUGAAGCGCAGAUGAAGAGUCUGCUGAGAAUUGUUCGUAUUUUCUGCCAUGUGUUCCGCCUGGGGCCGUCAUCACCAAACACUGGCAACGACAUGGGCUACAAUGGAAACAAGACGCCACGCAGCCAAGUUUUUAAGCCUCUGGAGCUACUAUGGCACUCCCUGGAUGAGUGGCUGGUGCUCAUCUCUACAGAGCUGGAAAGGAAUAGGAAGAACCCGUCUUCCUCCUCCAGCAGCGAUAUAGCCUCUCUGCUUCUGAAACAGCGUGAGUCAGAACAUGCUGGGUCCACGCCAAAGCUUCCCUCCUUGCUGGAUCAUCAGAUUGUCAUCGAAUCAGAGGCGUAUGCUGACGGGGAGGACGUCAUCUCCAUGACAGCCAGUCGACUCAGUGCUGUUAUCCAGGCUUUCUACAUGUGUUGCUCCUGUCAGAUGCCCCAAGGAAUGACAUCACCCCGCUUCAUCGAGUUUGUCUGCAACAAUGAUGAUGUGCUCAAGUGUUUCGUUAUCAGAAAUCCAAAGAUCAUCUUUAACCACUUCCACUUUCUCCUUGAAUGUCCAGAGCUGAUGUCACGCUUCAUGCAUAUCAUUAAAGGCCAGCCCUUUAAGGAUCGGUGUGAGUGGUUCUACGAGCAUCUGUUGGCCGGCCAGCCGGAUUCUGACAUGGUUCAUCGUCCGGUCAAUGAGAACGAUGUGCUGCUCAUCCACAGAGAUUCCAUAUUUAGGAGUAGCUGUGAGAUGGUUUCAAAGUCCACCAAUGAAAAACUCAAACAAGGCAUUGCUGUUCGUUUCCAUGGCGAGGAGGGUAUGGGCCAAGGUGUAGUUCGGGAGUGGUUUGACAUUCUAUCCAAUGAGAUCAUCAACCCAGACUACGCUCUGUUCACUCAGUCAGCUGAUGGUACAACGUUUCAACCCAACAGCAACUCAUCAGUGAACCCAGACCAUCUGAACUACUUUCGAUUCGCAGGUCAGAUUCUGGGUCUCGCUCUGUACCACCGGCAGCUGGUCAACAUCUACUUCACACGCUCGUUCUACAAACACAUACUCGGGAUCCCUGUGAAUUACCAGGACGUGUCAUCUAUCGAUCCAGAGUAUGCUAAGAAUCUGCAGUGGAUCUUGGACAAUGACAUCAGCGAUCUGGGCCUGGAGCUCACCUUCUCAGUAGAGACUGAUGUGUUCGGGGCGAUGGAGGAAGUGCCACUGAAACCUGGAGGGACCAGCAUCCUGGUCACCCAGGACAACAAGGUCAGUCACCACAAAUACAGUCUGACGUGUCGCAGUGUCAGUGGAACUCAGGAACUUGUUUGUUCCAGGGUUCCUCAUGGAGGAUUCGCCUACCUGAUGGGUGGGAGCGGUUUACAGAAAUUCACUAUUGCUGCAGUCCCGUACACCUCCAACCUGCUGCCUACCUCGAGUACCUGUAUCAACAUGCUGAAACUUCCAGAAUACCCAAGCAAGGAGGUCCUGAGGGACCGCCUGCUGGUGGCUCUGCACUGUGGGAGCUACGGCUACACCAUGGCCUGAGCUGAAGCGUCUGCAGCCUCCUCCACAGACGACCCUUUUGCAGUCAGCUGCUUCUUUUGCUGGAUAAACAGGAAAAUCCUUAAACGGAUCCAGAUCUCCCUUCACGCCUGUGCCAGGAUUUCAUUUUCAGCUUUCAUUGGAGACCCAGCAGAGACUGACAGGAAUGCAGAGGGAGAAGCGCCUCCUCAUCCCACUGAGCUAAACCAGCACCCAGAAUUUCAUUUUUAGGUGAUUUAUGCAAAUCAUGUAUUUAAAUGGACGGUUUUUCAUGCAGAUAUUUAUUUAGGAUUAAAACGUUAUUUAGAAGAUAUUUUCUACUGAAAACACACAUUUUGUGUUGAGAUUAUAUAUCAGUGCAUCACAAACAUUAUCACAUGAACGGUACAAUAUAUGGAUCACGUUUUGUUUUUGUGUCUCAGGCCUUCAUCGUUCGUUUACUCGUUCUUCUCUGGGCCAGUAUUGUGUAACUGUUUGAUACCUGGGACAAUAACAGUGAACGCUUUUUGAUACCUUUGAUUUUAUAAUUAAAUGACCAAAAAUAGUCGUAAUCGUUUGAUUUCUUAGAUGACUCAAUAAUCCAACACUAGGACAUUAACACAGCAGCCAACUGCACAAAGUAUCAGAAACACAACCUGAGCAACGAAACAUAAAGUUUGAAACAUGGAACGAGUCUGUAAACAUGCAGACUUCAGGUGUGAACGUCUGACUCCAGGUCCUCUUACAGGCUCCUCCUCCUUUCACAGAUGUGUCCUACGUUGUCAUGGCACCGCUAAAACUGUAAUCAAUGAGAUUUUGUCAUGUAAACCUUCUUUUAGGCUCCUCCCUGAAAGCUGAAACCAAAGUCAGCUGGAUGAAACGUUUCUCCCGCUGAUGAUGAUGAUGAUGAUGAUGAUGAUGAUGAUGAUGAACAGGAUCCACGUUUUGAAAGCAGGACUCUUUUUCAGUUUGUUAUUGAGACGACACUGCGAUGGGCAUCGUGCCAUUAAUGUCUCAGCUCGCUGUAUUUUUCCUGUUUGUAAAGGGAGCGUAUAAAUAAUGUAGAGAUCAUUUAAUCUGUCAUAUUUUUCAAUUCCACGCCUGAAAUGUGUUUUUAUACAGAUACUGGUGAUACUGAUGUGUGUUGAUAUUUUUGCUGAUAUUUGUCUUUGAGAUUUUAUCUAAUAACACUCGGACAUGCUGCUGUUAAGCAGCAGAGGCAAA